ACAAAUUUUUUGGAAGUGCGCUGUAAUAAAUAAAACUUUAAUUUUGGUGAAAGCAAAUAUGGAGAACGAUAACGGGUGGGAUUUCAAUGCUCCACAAUAUGUAGACUUUUCGGGAGCACAGGUUUUAGAUGAUGAUGACAAUGCUGACGAAUAUUUCGACUAUGACCAUGAAAAUGGCGUUCCUGUUAAUAUAGAAAAUGACACAAAUAAUGGAACCAUUGAUGGUGCCCUGUUCAAUGAUGUUUUCUCUACACCACAGAGUGAGAUGAGACAGACACGAGCAUCAGCUAACGCAAAAAAUCAAGCAGUGUCAGGGACCCCAAAAGCUGGUACACCCAAGAGAGUUGUGAAGUCAUCAGGAUCAGGAACACCAAAUGUUGGCACACCACAGAGGGUGGCACGUUCCAAAUCAACUACAGGUACACCCCAGAGAGUUCCAAGGUCAAAAACACCAUCUGGUGUAGUUAACAAUGUGGAAGAUAGUGCAACACCUGAACUACGAAGGAAACCGGAACAGACUGCUCGAGUUACUAAAGAUGAAGAAAAAAUGCAGACACCAAGCCCAAGAGUGACUCGCUCAGGAAAAAUGAUCACACCUAAUACUGUUGAAAAACACUAUGAAGCAAUACAGAAGAAAAAACUACCACCAAAUAACAUAUGUACAAACUUGGAGGAAUGGAAAAAGAAAACCACUGCUGCCAAAACAUCACAAAAUCACAAAGAAAAACAGGUAGUUAAACCAGGAGUGAAACGACAGCACAGAUCACUUGAAAGGUCAGAUUCAUUACCAAGGAGACAGAAGCCAGUUGUUCCAGAGCGAGGUCGAACACCGAACAAACAGGCCAGUGGUCUUGCACGAAGCAGCUCUUUCUCAACAAUAAAUAAACAGUCCAGUAAUGAUAGUGCAAGGCGCAAGAAUCAUACACGCGGCCUGUCUGGAGAACGUCCAUCCCAGAGAACCAGAUCUGGAUCCAACAGCUCUGAAACUGACAGAGGCAUAACUAUACCAACCACUCCAACUUUGUUAAAACGUAAACCCAUCAAGAUGCAGGCACAGGGAGCUGUGAAGAAUUCAGAACAACUUGAGAUUGAGAAAAUCUCCUACUUCAGACAGGAACUAGCAAAGAAACGUAAACUUGCGCAAGAGUCUUGUAAAGUAGCUUUAAGUGCAAAAGCACCAGCUUGUGUAGUGCAAACAAAAGAGUUAACCAAGCCUGAAGGAUUUAAGUUUGAAACUGACUCUAGAAUAAAAACUCACAAUAUGGAGACGAGACACGAUAGUGAUGUCAAGGAUUUUGCUACUUCCCUGAGAUCUGACAAAGGAAAACAGCCAAACAGCUCAUCAAAGCAUACUAUAACGAAGCCUGAACCUUUCAAACUGUCUGCACAACGGAAGAGGAAGUUACCUGACCUUGAUGAAAAACAAGCCGAGAAAUAUGAGUCUAUGGCAGAGAGACUCGCUCAGUUUACCAAAACGCCUGACAGGUUCAGGUCCAAAUCAAAGGGUAAGAAAUGGAAGAAAAUGUCUUUGGAUCAGUGUGUUGAUAAAGACUUUGAAGUUGGUGACAGUCUUUUUGU